AUGGCGGUACAUCCAAAUCCAAGGCCACAUUUAAUUAAAACUUAUAAACAAACACUAAAUGCUCUGACGCAUAUUCCACCUACAGCCAUUUAUCGUCAAGCUACGGAAGCUUUAACUCAAAAAAGACUUGAAAUUGUUGAAUCUACUAAAAAUAUUCAAGAAAUUGAAGACAAGACUGGUGCUGGACAAAUUGAAGAAAUGAUUUGGCAAGCUGAAGAUGAAUUAAAGUUGGUCGCUAAAAUGGAAGAAUGGAAACCAUGGGAACCACUUGAAGUUGAACCUCCAAAAGGGCAAUGGGUAUAUGAAGGAAUAGAACAAUAA